AUGAGACUCGUCUCCCUACCAGUUACAGUAGGAACGACUCCAAGGCAGUCCACAACUAUGGUUGAUUUCUUAGUGAUUGAUCGGCCGUCUUCAUACAACGCAAUCAUUGGUCGACCAUCCCUUAAUAAGUUGAAGGCUGUAACUUCCACUUACCAUUUAAUGAUGAAGUUUCCUAUUGAGGAGGGAGUAGGAGUGGUAAAAGGAGAUCAAGUUACGGCAAGGAAGUGUUAUAACAUUUCCUUGAAGAAGUCAGAACCUUCCCCUUUAACGGUAGGUAUGGUGGGCAGCCGAAGUAAAGUUCCCCUAAAAGGGGAACCUGCCGAGCCUUUAGAAGAAGUAAAAUUGGAAGAAGGAAAAGUAGUGAAAGUAGGAACGCAGCUCGCCUCGAAAAUCCGAGACUCUCUCAUAACUUUUCUUCAAGAAAUUAUGGAGGUGUUUGCGUGGACUCAUGAAGAUAUGCCGGGGAUCAAUCCCGAUGACAUUGUCCACCAACUCAAUGUGGACCCAAACAUAAAGCUAGUAAGACAGAAGAGAAGAAAGUUUGCCCCAGAACGGAAUAUGGCUAUCGCCGAGGAAGUGGAGAAAUUACUUAAAGCUCGGUUUAUAGAGGAGGUUUAUUAUCUCGACUGGUUGGCUAAUGUGGUGCUGGUCAAAAAAUCCAGUGGGAAGUGGAAAAUGUGUGUAGACUUCACAGACCUUAAUAAGGCGUGCUCGAAGGACAGCUUUCCUCUACCAUGCAUUGGUGCGCUGGUGGACUCGACAGCGAGAUACGGCCUGUUGAGCUUUAUCGACGCUUUUUCUGGUUACAACCAGAUUUAUAUGCAUCUAGAAGACCAAGAAAAGACUGCAUUCAUCACUGAUCGAGGCUUGUAUUGCUACAAGGUUUUGCCUUUCGGUCUCAAGAACGUCGGAGCGACGUAUCAGAGACUGGUCAAUAAGAUGUUCCGAGACCAAAUCGGCUGUAAUAUGGAUUUAUAUGUCGAUGACAUGUUGGUCAAAAGCAUGCUACCAGAAGGUCAUAUAGAAGACUUGCAGGAGACUUUUGGAACCUUAAAGAAAUAUGGGAUGAAAUUGAAUCCCGCAAAGUCUGAAGAAGUAUCUGACCAGCACACCUCUGUUAAGCAGAGUCGUUCCCGGGGAAGCUUUGUAUUUAAACUGGCUGUUUCCCCAACAACUAUAAGUGCGGCCCUUAUCCGAGAAGAAGACGGUGUUCAGAAACCGGUCUACUUUAUAAGUAGAGCAUUGAGGGGAGCAGAAGAGCGGUACCCUCAGAUGGAGAAGUUAGCAUUUGCGUUGAUUAUUGCUUCAAGGAAACUACGCCUGUAUUUCCAAGCUCACACUAUCAGAGUCUUGACCGAGUACCCAUUGAAGAAAAAAGAGGAAACAGGGGUAGUCUACGUAGACGGAUCAUCUACAAGGAAGAAUGGUGGAGCUGGAGUAGUAUUAAUCACCCCGGAUGGAGAAGAAUUAUGUAGUUCCCUAAGGUUGGAGUUCAAGACCACUAAUAACGAAACCGAGUAUGAGGCAGUUCUGGUAGGACUCGGUUUAGCCCGAGAGAUGGGAGCCGAUUUUGUUGAGCUACGGAGUGACUCCCAGGUGAUUGUUGGACACAUCCGGGGAGAGUUUGAAGCCAGAGGAGAUAAGAUGAAGCAAUAUCUGUCAAAGGUACAGGAUUUACAAAAUGCCUUUAGGAAAUUAUGUAUUAUGAAGAUCCCGAGAGAAGAGAAUGAAAGGGCGGACCAGCUGGCCCGAAAAGCAUCAACAGCAGUUAGCGGUGUUGAAGAACCUGAGGUACCAAUUCAGGUUUUGUCGAGACCUGCCAUACCCGAGACGGUCUCGGUCUCAGUUACCGAGACCGUAUCUAAAUGGCAGAGGAGCAUAAGGGAAUAUUUAGAACAGGGAACUCUCCCGUCAGAUAAAAAAUCAGCAACUCAAAUCAAAAUUAAGGCUGCUAGAUUUACCAUAAUUAAUGGAGUCCUAUACAAACGGGGCUUCAUGCUACCGCUACUCAAAUGUAUCUCAAAGGAAGAAGGAGAUUAUGUACUCCGCGAGAUCCAUGAAGGAAUCUGCGGCAAUCACUCGGGAGCGAGAGUAUUGGCACAUAAAGCAGUCAGAGCCGGUUUCUACUGGCCGAAUAUAAAUCGGGACUCGGUACAAAUGGUAAGAAAUUGUGACAAAUGCCAACGCUUCGCAAACAUCGCAAAGCAACCCCCAGAAGACUUAAGCUCAAUCUCCUCGCUACGGCCCUUCUCACAAUGGGGGGUAGAUAUAGUAAGACCACUACCUCGUGGAAAAGGGGGUAUGCGUUUCGCGGUUGUGGCAGUGGAUUAUUUCACAAAAUGGGCAGAAGUAGAAGCUCUAGUGAACAUUACGGCCAAGAGCAUCGAAAGGUUCUUGUAG